AUGACAUUAGUCGCUGGCGCUACGGGUGGUGCUGGAGAUGGAGGCAAGAAGCCCAACCAGUUCUUCGCCGCCGGUGGUGAUAAGCAGUCCAGCCUCUGGCUUUACGAGACUCGCUCGGCUAAGUUACAGAUUCAAGUUCAAGGUUUGUCUCUCGGACCUCAUCAGCGCGUCCUGGCUGUCCAUCGCGACGACGAUGAGGCGUACCUGGCUCCGACCAGCCUUCGUUUCCGCAAUGAGGCCCCGACUGUCCUUCAGUUCUUUGGCAUGAACACUCAGCGUGGCUACUACGACUCUAACGUUGAAGCUGUCAUUCAGCAAGCCGCCGCCUCUAACCGCAUCUUCAUCGGCGAUAACCGCUGCUCCCGCUGCCAGAGCACCCGAGCAAACAUCCAGUUUGCUAACUGCGCCCAGUCCUACUAUCAAGGUCAGCUGCUGAACUUCGGUGCCUGCAACAAGUGCGUGCUGAACGGCAACACUACUCGCUGCUCAUUCUACUCUGAGCCCGCGCUCCCUUCGGGUCAAGCUAGUCCUCAGCUUGGAGAGAUUAUAUCCACCAACACCAUCGCGCGUCCAAACCAUCCCGCGUUUCCUUCGGCGCGUGCGCGUGAGCGUGCUUCGAGCAACGCCUCCCGCUCCUCAGCUGGCCCUGGUGGUGCUUAG